AUGUAUAUUAACACCUACACCUACACCUACACCUACACCUACACCUACACCUACACCUACACCUACACCUACACACCUACACCUACACCUACACCUACACCUACACCUACACCUACACCUACACCUACACCUACACCUACACCUACACCUACACCUACACCUACACCUACACCUACACCUACACCUACACCUACACCUACACCUACACCUACACCUACACCUACACCUACACCUACACCUACACCUACACCUACACCUACACCUACACCUACACCUACACCUACACCUACACCUAUACACCCACACCCACACCCACACCUACACUUUAUAGUUAUAUAG